AGAUUAUUGUCUGGAUUGAUACAACCAACCAUGCAAAAACAUCACCACAUCACUAAUUCUGAGUGUUUACAUAUGUUUUUUGAUAUUGUUUAUUUUCCGUUAACUAAAUAAUUAUCUUCAUAUAAUCUGUCCAUAACUUUUAAACUUCAUCCGUAAGUUUUUCCUUUUCGUGAAAAUAAUUGUUAGCCAUUGUGGAUCUUCUAAUUAUAAGUCGUCUUAAAGGAAAGAAGGUUUGCAAAAGACUAUAGUUUGUCUUCGACAAAAGAAAAGGCAGAUGAUGUUCUAUUUAUUGUACCCGAUGAAAGUAAUUCUUUCCGUUCCGUCAUUGUAAUAUCUUUGCUAUUAUAUUGCGAGAAAUGACCGACUUUAAUUGUAGCUUCAUUUUAUAUCUUCUUUGUAAACUGUUGCUCUGAUUGCUUAUAAUUGCAUUCAUGCAGAGAGCGCCAAGUUUUUUAAUAGAGGCCACGAUACCACAAGAACAAAGACAAUGUGGGAGGGUAGUAGACAUUGGAAUUAUAAUUGAUUGAAUAAGAAACAUUAUGCAUUGAAGAAUUUCAAAAAAAUACUGAAAAUUCAAGUCUUUCUUUGAGUAGAGGUUAUUCUUUGAGAAAGUGGCCAAUUCUACAGUAGUAUCACGGUUGAUAGUUUCGUAUGGAGUUGGAAAAUCUUGAUAAAGAGAAACAAAAAGUAAAAAGAUGAAGAAAAAAUAAGUCACGUUCUUGAACUUCGUGUGUGGUGGUUGGCAAACUUUAUGAGGAAUUAGUGGCUAUGGCUGGCCUUAACUCAAAUAUGUCCAAUGAUGACUUGAGUAUUGAUGACACGUGUCAAAAAACAUUGGAUACUACUGUGGAAAUGGAUUUUAAAACUGCCGUGAAUGAGCAAGAUGAUACAGAGAAUUUUAAUGUUGAAAUAUCAAGAUUUACACAUGCAAAUCAAGACAGCAUGUCAAAUAAUGAUUUAUCAAAUGUAUUUGUCAACAAAGACAUUAACAUUCAUGGCAACAAAGCAGUUUUCUCUGAGGAUCAUGGAGACAUGAAUGUUGAUGAAUUAAAUGGAGAUGCUUCUUGUAUAUCAGCUUUGUCAAUGAUUGGUGAAGGCAAUGACCAUUAUGAGCUUCUAAGAAUGUUGCCUGAAGCAGGAGAAACAAAGCUCUCUAAAGAAGUUAGACAGAAACUACGAAACAUUUUAAAGUCCAAUAAAGUAGUGAUUUGCCCACGAAAUAAUUGUGGAAAGCCCUGCAAAAGUGUGAGUGCAUUUGAGUAUCAUGUCGUGCGAUGUGGCAUUCCUUUGAAGUAUAUCAAAAACAAUAAACAAAGAGAUGAUUCACAAAGCUCAACUUGUUCUUCAAAACAGAAGAAAACACCGCGACGAAGGUCAACUAGAGUGAGAAAGAACGCAUCAGAGCAAAACCAAAAUGGUGGAAACAUAGAUGAUGAUGUGUCAGCUGAAGAAGAUGGUCAAUACAGUAGUCAUGGCUGGUGGAAGCAUUACGAAGAAGUACCAGUUCCACCUGAGGAUUUUCCUAACUCUGACCUCUAUUCGAAUCUGUCAUCGCUUACUGAAGCAUUCAAACACAGAUCUUCAAUGAAAUGUCCAAAAAAUUGUGGACGUACUUUUCGAAAGGCGGCAAACGCUUAUGAUCAUAUCAAGAAAUGUGUUAAAAACCAGAGCAACCAUCGCUGUAAACUUUGCGGUAAAAUAUUGACCACUAGGCAUGGAAUUAAAUAUCAUCUUAUUACAAAACAUCGUAAGAAGGAACACGAUAGUGAAAAUGAUGAAGAAAGCGAGUUUUCAGGGACAGAAAAUACUCCCGUAAAGCAAACAAAAGCGAAAGUAGUAAGAAUAUCCAAAAAAAAGAAAGUCAGAUACGAAGAGCCUACUGAAAAGUGGCAACAAACGUUUUAUACCCAUGAUGCUGUGCAAUCAUGGCGACCUAGUUUGAAACAUUGGAAAACUGUACCAUUAAGUGAGAUCUCCGGUUACGUACCCUUGAUAAAAACAUCGAAAGUAUUUGGCAUUGAGGACAUUAAGGGCAACGGUAAACCGAAAGAUUAUCAGUUGCCAUUGUUUGCUUCAACACCCGUCAAUUCAGACGGUGGUUUGUGUAAUAUCAUAAUAAAUGUUGGUGGAUCAGUGUGGGCUAUGGAUUGGGUACCUUUACCAUUAAAUGAAGAUAGUGAUCAAUAUCUUGCAAUCUCUUGUCACAACAAUCCUGAUGAGACCCAUUUAUUGUCGAAGAGAUACUCCGAGAAAGGUCUUAUACAAAUUUGGAAGUUUUUGAAAUUGAAAAAUGGAGAAAGGCCCAUUGAUUCAGCGGUAUUUUCUUUGGGUAUACUUCACGAGUGUGGUCCUCUCUGGGAAAUGCGCUGGUGUCCAUCUGGCGUAUGGGAAUCAACCACGAGUGGUGAAUUAAGUCGCCUAGGAAUGCUUGCAUGUGCUUGUGCUGAUGGAAAAGUACGAAUAUUCAGUGUGCCACAUCCUUGCUCUCUUGUCAAAGAUAGUAAUACCUGCGAGUCUUCUCCAGAAAAAUUAAUGUACCGCGCUAUCCCACACUUGGUACUCUCCCCAGGCUCUGUUUGCCGGCCUUAUCGUGGAGAAUGUGGGCCAACCUGGUCUCUGGCAUGGCAACCUUAUUCAGAUCACAAAAAGAUAAUUGCCUCUUUUGCAGAUGGUACAGUGGCUGUAUGGAAUCUCAAGACAAAGAGUCGUAUUUUGAAGUCCACGUCGUCAGAUGCUCUUACCGAGUAUCUUUAUCCUAUAUCUCAUUUUCAAGCUCACAAUUCCGUUAUACGAUCCCUCGCCUGGUGUCCGACUGACGACAAUUACAUCGCAACAGGUGGCUAUGAUCGCAUAAUUUACAUCUGGGAUCUCCGUCGUCCAUAUCAGCCGGUUCUUCAGCUGAUACACGCAUUGAGCUACAGUCUUAGUUGGCCACUUCAUUGGGGGCUAUUGAUCUAUAAUACAGAGGUCUUAUCUCGCAUUCGGGGUACACGUGUAGUCGAUUACUAUCAUGGUUCAAAGAAUGAUCGAACUCUAGGUCACUCCUCCACAUGUUUAGUCAGUCAUAAUGCAACUGUCUGGGACAACGACUUCUCUCAUUGGUCGAACCAUGUAGCUAGUGUUGAUGCUGCUGGGGUUAUGUCCAUAAAUUUCUUGCCAGAAGCCUUCAAUAAACGCACUAACAAAACGAAAACAACGAUAUUCCGCGCAUGUAUUGAACCUUCUGACGAUGGAAGCAGCGUUGAUGAAGAAAAUUACAAGAUUAUAUUCAAAGACUUUUAUCCGCUGAAUAAAAUGUCAAUAGAAGAAGAAAAAGUGUUUUGUGAGACAGCAAAUGUUCCACCAAGUCAAGUCCCGCAUGUUGCAUUUCAUAAAGUCCGAUGGAAUCCCAACUCUAGUUGCUUUUUUUGGUUGGCCGCUGGAGGAAAAUCAGGUCUAGUUCGAGUUUGCCAUGCAAAUGAAAUGACAGAUUAAUUUUACCAGAUUUUGCUUUGUACGAGUGUCUAGUUCUGUGACCGCAAAAGUUGAGUAGGAUUACAGACAAUGCUGUGUUGUAGCUUCGACAAAAAUGAUAGUUUUGACAACAAGUAUGUCUUUGAAUAUACAUCAGCAAAUGAAGUAACAUACGCCCAGGGCGUUACAUAAGUUCUUUCAUUUCUAGGCAGGGGCGUUUAAUAGAUACGACGAGUUUUAUAGAAAGGCGUUUAUAUCAUUUCUAUCAUCUUUAUAUAAACGAACAAAAAGCUACGAUACUGAUUGCCACAAUCGAUAACACACUAUUUUAUUACAUUAUAAUGGAAUGGGAUUAUAGAAACUUCUAGUAAAAAACUGCCACUUCCUAGGGAAGCGUUUCUUG